UCUCUUGCUGUUUCUCCCUUUUUCGGUUUCUGUAUCGGCGUGUUGUGUAAUCCGUGAUUUCGAUUCUACAUCUUGUCUGUUCGUUUAUCUCUCUCUCAGCAGUUUCGUUUUAUACGAUCUGAUGUUUUACCAGAUGUUCGGUUUGACUCUAGGUAGGGCAUACCGAUUCUCUCUGUCUUUUCCUCUCUCUCAGGUGGGCAAAAUCUGGGCUACAUCGUAUACCUCUCUACCGACUUCGUUUCUCUUUUGAUCCACAACUCUAAUGGACUAUUCUUUUGGAGGCUUGAAUGAAGAUACCAUGCCUUCUCAACUGGACAUUCUCCGGUGUCCGUUCUUGCGGAACAUCAAUGAACCCACCAGUUUUUCACUUUCUUCAUCCCUUCCUUUUCCCAUGCCUGCAAGGGCAGGAAAAGGUCCAAUUUUUGAAGAUGGGCCUAAUUUUGAUGUGGCAUUCAGGGUUUUCCACGGGCGUGACGGAGUAGUCCCCCUCUCGGAGAGAUCAGUGGUUUCGUCUGAGGCACAAAGGCCUGUGCUUUCUCCUCCUGCGUUCCAUCCUCUUGCUGCAAAGGCGGCAACUAUUAGUCUCUCAUCAUUUGGACCUGGAGGGCCCUUUGGCUUUGACGCAUUUUCCGCCAAGUGGAUAAAUCACCAGAAAAAAUCAGAAUCAUCCAAGAAGAAGAAGGAUUCUUCUUCUUCAAAGGGUGAAAACUCGAAGCACGAAUCUACGAGCAGCGAAUGGCUUCAAACGGGAAACUGCCCUAUCGCAAAGUCGUAUCGAGCUGUGAGCGGUGUUCUGCCGCUUGUGGCAAAGGCUUUGCAGCCUGGUCCGGGCAUGAAACUGAGGUGCCCACCGGCCAUUGUUGCAGCCCGAGCCGUGCUAGCAAAGACGGCUUUCGCGAAGAACCUCAGACCGCAGCCCUUGCCAGCCAAAGUACUUGUCAUCGGAAUCAUGGGAAUGGCACUGAACGUUCCUCUAGGUGUCUGGAGAGAGCACACAGAGAAAUUCUCACCCUCCUGGUUUGUGGCCGUCCAUGCAGCUGUUCCCUUCAUAGCAAUGCUGAGGAAAUCCGUGUUGAUGCCGAAAACCGCCAUGGCUUUCACAAUAGCAGCAUCUGUGUUAGGACAGAUGAUAGGAUCAAGGGCAGAGAGGCAUAGGCUCAAGUCUGUAUCCAUGGAGAAGAAGAAGAAGAAGAAAAAGCUGACAAUGGAAGCAACUCAUGUUGGAAUCUCAGACAGGAACUGCGUGGCAAAUGCCUUGAAAUGGAACCCUAUGUCCCUCAAAAACAUUGCUAGAUCUCCGUCUGCGGCCGAUGUUGUCUGCUAAACGGGUUUUCCCUCGACCCUUUCAGGGGUGAAACAUCAUAUAUAUCAUAGGGCCGAUAUGCAUUGUAAUCUUUGAAUGUUUGAGAGAAACAGAAUAAGCUUUUUUUUUUUUUUUUGUAUUGCAUUGAUAUGUGAAUAAAAAACUGAUGUCUUUCUGCAUUUA